AUGCCUCAAAUAAGGACAUUAGCUGGAGGUAGAUAUUCCAACAAGGAUAUGGUUCUUAAAUGUGACAAUGGAGAUGAUUGUUUUAGCGACAAGUUUGAAGAAGAUGAAGAAACAAUGUUUCUUGUUAAGGCGAGAUCACGGAAAAGAAUUAGGAAUUUGGAUAGUGUGAUGACUGAAAUAAAUUCAGAUGAUGCAAGAGAGAAAAAUUAUGAGUCAAGGAAUGGUAAUGUGUGUACUGGAAGCAAGGAGAGAUGCAGUCCAAUAAAUGUGAAUGGUAAUGGAGAAGAUCGCUUAAAAUGCCAUCAGUGUAUGAAGAAAAAGUUUGUUGUUGUUCCUUGCACUAAGUGUAAGAAGAAAAUGUAUUGCAUCCAGUGUAUCAAGCAAUGGUACCCCCACUUAGAAGAAGAAGAAGUUUCGAUGCUUUGCCCAUUUUGCCGUAGAAACUGCAACUGUAAUGUGUGCUUGCACUCAAGUGGGAUGAUUAAGACUUCAAAGAGGGACAUACCCAGUCAUGAAAAGAUUCACCAUCUCCAGUAUUUGAUUUGUUCUUUGCUUCCGUAG